AGUGUCUCUCCAGCCACCGGUGAGAGAGGAGAGAAAGCGCGCCUCUAUACCCUGCUGGUUUAAAAUAGUGCACAACAUACUGGACUAAAAAAAAAAUCAACGUGAAGUGGAAUAUAAGAAAGGAAUCGCAGACCCAUUUUUCUACAGCUAACUAUCCAUUAAUGACGUGACAUCAUAUCUCCAAGAUCAAAACUGACGAGGAGGAGAAAGGCUACAAAUUCUAUGAAUGCGCGAAGGUUAUAGCAAAUAGCCCGAACUGGCCAUCAGCACUAACUGGUCUUGGAAACAAGAAGACAAAUGCUCAACAAGAAAAGACUGAAAAUGAAGGUAAAUGACUUUAAGAAAUGAUGCACGAGUGGAGAAGCGCUUUUCAGAAGAAAACUGGUGUUAAUGAUAAUUUACGCUGAAGUUAUAUGAGCAGACCCGGCUAUAUUUUCAGUGCGGGAAAGAAAUGAACGUUUAUGAUCUUCUUUAAAUAAAGGAUUGACCUGAAAAGGUACGAGAGAGAGAGAGAGAGAGAGAGAGAGAGAGAGAGAGAGAGAGAGAGAGAGAGAGAGAGAGAGAGGAAAAUUCUCUUGGGGGAGGUAGACCAAGCACACGGGAAAGCAUUCAACUGCCAUUCUAGAAAACAUGUUUCCCAGAUAGUUCUAAAAUGAACGCAUACUUGGCUAUUAAAAGAAAAUGCUCCAGUGAUUUAGGAAAACGUUUUGUGUUCAAUGUUCGAAAAUGUCCCCCAGGUAUAGAGGGAAAAUUUUAACUGUUGGUUAAAGAAAAUGUGCCUCGGGUGGUUCCAAGCUCAGAUAUGCUUCCUGGAGUGACGAAAACCUAAAAUGAAAACAAACCUUGAGUCUUAAUAUGUGAUGAAGGUCCGAGGAUGGAUAUGGGCUACUUCGUGGGCGGUCGUGGGACUAUGGGCGUUCGUCACUCUCCUCGUGGCCCUGGCCUCACUGGCCGCCCUCUUCACGCCCACGUGGUUCGUCCGCCACUCUCCGUCGCCGCCCGUGAUGUUUGGUGUAUGGGCGUGGUGCGUGGGCGGCAGUGAAGACCAAUUAUGCGCAGCCGUGGGUCAAGGACUUGGCGACAUGGAGGCGGCUCUGCCCUCUUCUGUGUGGGUGAUGGUGGGCGCUCUCUACGGCGGCGGGGGAGCCUUGCUGGCCGUGACAGGCCUCUCGUCCCUGUUGAUGCCCUUCCUGCCCACGAUUCACGCCCGGGCCGCCCUUGCGCACGUCGCUGGAAAUAUACAGGCGGCUGCAGUGUCAUUGCAAGCGGUGGCACUCGUGCUCUACCCGCUGGGUCUUGGAUCGCCCUUCGCCCGACUUCAGUGUGGCAUCUCUGCGUCAGUGUACGCGGCAGGCAGCUGCGAGAUGGGCUAUGCGUAUAUGCUGGCCCUAGUAGCUACGGGUCUCGCUGCUUACUGCCCUGUCCUAGCUAGGUUAAUCACUUACAAGGACUACUCAGAUUACUGGUCAAACUUGAACUAUAUGUAAGGCUUCGAGAUUACAUAUGAUAACAUAUGACAUUACGGGAUUGAUUGCUUGUCACAUUUAUUUAUUUAUCUAUUUAUAUCUUUAUUUAUUCAUUCAUUCAUUCAUUCAUUCAUUCACUUAUUUAUUCAAUUUAUUUUUUAACUAAUUUAUCUGUUGAUGAAUUAAUAAAUGAAGGAAUGAGUGAGUGACCGAAUGGAUGUCUUGCAAUUGUUUGCUAUUUUGGUAGUGUUAAGAAGUUAGAAGUUCGGUUAGUAGAUUUGAAUAUUGGAACUUCAGUCUUUUAAGAAAAAUCCUAGCAUCAGUCCAAUGGAAGAAAAAAAAAAUCAUGGAACAAAGACAAAGAACAAAGGCUAAAUUUAUCUUAUAAAUGGUCAGCUCUGCGAACAGAAACAAUAUUUUCCAUAAGUAUCCACACGAGUACUGGUAAGAUUAUAUGUACAUUUUUUUAAAGAUAACAUUUAUCUAAGCAGAUGAAAUCUUUUAAUAAGUACUUUUACUGAAAAUACAUUUAUUCUACGCAUUAUGAGAUAGGAUGUCACGUGAUUUAUCUGAGACUAGAAGCAGAAGAUGCAGAGUAUGACCUACAUUCUUGUGUAGAGUUGGAAUGGAACUUUUGACUUUCAAGUACAAGCUUCAAUUGUUGAAGCGAUUUAGACGCAUAAAGAAACUGAGGUGAGCUUUAAAUUAACUUGUAAACUAUUACAUACACCGCAAAACUGAACUGUUAAAUAUACAUGAUACGCAAGAGAAAGAAAUUAAAAGUCUUCUCACAAUUAAAUACAAAUAAGGCUUAGAAUAAUGUAUUAUUUAUCAGUUCUUGAUAAUUAUAUGAUAUAUAUGUACAUCGGGAUCAAAUUUAUGUGUUGUAUAGGAGUUGGUGUAAAUGACGUACCACAGGUGAGUUCUAUUCAUGGAGAUGUUAAUUCCAAGUUAGCUAAUCCUGCAUCGUAUCUUUUUUUAAGAAAUCUUUAUGCCAAUACACAAGACGCACAAUUAACUACUGACUCAUCAAGUCUAACAUCUACAAUUGCACGCGCACAGCACACACACACACACACACAUAUAUGCAUUUAGAUACAUACAUACAUA